UAGAAUUAGUGCAAUACGGGAUGUUGAAACAUUUUUACGUAGUUUAAAGCUGAAGAAAUUUCAAAACAACUGCCAGAAUGGAAAUAAUUGAGCUUGUCUCAGAUGAUGAAGCUACAGAAGAUAAUAUGAAGAAGAAUAGAAGUUCUAAAAUUUGUAACAGUAAUUGCAUAAAUUUCCAAUGUUCUUCUGGAUUGGAGAUGAGGUCAGCCCCUUCAUUUGCAUGUGCUUUUUAUGGUGUAAACACAGAAAAAAAGAAGGAACGUAUGAUAUGUAAAAUGUGUUUCAAUGCAUCAUUAGACCAUCAAAAGAAAUUAGUCACAGCUUUAGUAGAUCGAAAACCAUUAUUAAAAUGUGAAUUUCCGGAUCAUACAAUGGAAGUGGAAAUAUCUGAUAGCGAUGAUUCAGAUGAUGAAAAAAAGAAAGAUGUACAAAAUGAAGAUAAAUAUUUGCCGGAAGAGAUGCUUGAAGAUGUAGAAAAAAUGUUAGAUAGUACCUUAAAAAAUAUUAUUACAAAAUAUGAUGUAGACUAUCAAAUCAAGGAAUCCCAUGAUAUACUAAAAGAACAAUGGGAUAAAAUAAGUGAAGAGAAUGCUGUUUCGGACAAAACAAUUAAAGAUUUAAUGCGUACCAUGGAUACAUUACGUAACAAUUUAUACAACGAAUUCAGACCACAAAUUCAAAUGCUACAAGAGCUUCAAAUCGAUGAUGGAAUAACUGAUAACACUUUGUAUCCAUUGGUAGCAACAAAAAAAGUUACGCAAGUACGAGUACCAAUUGUAAUACCGCAAGACAGUCAACCAGAAAUUUUACCUAUCGAGCAAGACAACAGGCAAGUUGUGUCUGUAGAUUUACCUCCAGCUGGUCCACUCGUGAAGCGCCAAAUAGACGUAGACAGCGUUGUAUAUAUUAUGAAGCAUCCACUUAUGCCAUGGAUUAAAGCGAAGGUGCAAACAAUAGUUUCCAAGAAUCCAUUGCAUUGUCGCGUGAGGUUACUGCAGAAGAAGUACAAUGCAGUUAUAAAGUCCAUUUUUGGUAAGCAAAUUGCUGCUACUGUAACUAGUCAAGUGAUCAUUCCAGUCGGCACUAGAGUGGUCGCAGUCUUUCGAGAUGUUACAUCUAGUAACUUUUACAGUGGUGUAAUAGCCGAGCCACCAAAAGCCACAAACAAAUACAGAUAUUUGAUAUUCUUCGAUGAUGGAUAUGCUCAGUAUGUCGAGCACAGGCACAUCUAUUUAGUUGCUGAAUCUUCUUCCAAGGUUUGGGAAGAUAUACCUAAUGAAUCUCGAGAGUUUGUGAAAAAAUACAUUGAGACGUAUCCUGAAAGACCAAUGGUGAAACUUCAAACUGGACAAGUGGUGAAAACAGAAUGGAAUGGAAAAUGGUGGAUUGCCAGAGUGGUACAGGUCGAUGCAAGCUUAGUGCAGAUGCAUUUCGAUGCUGAUGGAAGAACAGAAUGGAUUUAUAGAGGUUCCGCGAGAUUAGGUCCUUUGUAUCUUGAACUUUUAAAAGCCAAUGCCAGACAACAAGGACAUCAUGCUUCUGUGAAUACCCCAACUAGACACAGACUUCCUGCUAUCACUAGUAAAAAUAAUUUACCUUACGUAGAAUAUACAUCUAAUGUAGAACCAGAAGAAGAAAGAAUUCCCGAGACAGAAAAGAUACAGAGUCCUGCGGUAAGUGAAAGCACAAACGUGACUACACCGAGUGCACCGCAACAGGCGCGUGCUGUUGCUAGGAAAAGCACAAGUAAAAAGCCGAAUGUCGUAGAUACAAAUUCGUACACUCCGACCACGGAAACAAAACCUUCGCAUAGCAUAGUUUAUUAUCAAACACAGAAUAAGAUUCAGACAAAGAAAUUCGUUCCGCAUAAAUGUGGUCCUCAGUGCGUUCAGGGUAUAUCCUUUACACCUGACGAUCUGAGAGGGUACUCGCCUCUCUCGAUACCAUUGCUCUGUGGUUGGAAUCGACAACUUUGUAAAUAUCCCAAAGGCAAAAAAAUCACAUUGUAUCAAGCACCAUGCGGUGUAAGGCUACGGAACAUGGAAGAAUUGCAUCAGUACCUUCGCAAAACCGGUAGUCCGAUGUCUGUUGAUUUAUUUGACUUCGACUAUUGGGUACAUUGUCUGGCGGAGUUUGUUUUAGAUAAAUGUUUCAUUAAUAUAAAGGAUCUUAGUUAUGGGGUCGAGAAUGUACCAAUACCAUGCGUCAAUGAACUAGAUCACACUCAACCAGAUACUAUUCGUUAUAGUACACAAAGGGAACCAACAGAAGGCGUUAAUCUUAAUUUAGAUCCAAAUUUCUUAUGCAGUUGCGAUUGCGAAGAUGAUUGCCAGGACAAAACAAAAUGUCAGUGCUGGCAACUAACGAUACAAGGUGCGAAAGGAGGGAGAGUACCAAGCACUUGUGUUGGUUACGUGUACAAACGUUUACCAGAACCAGUCACUACUGGAAUCUACGAAUGUAAUUCAGGAUGUAAAUGUGCUAUAAAAACAUGUUUGAAUAGGGUAGUGCAACAUCCGUUAACGUUAAAGUUACAAGUAUUCAAAACAGCACCGCGUGGGUGGGGCAUAAGGUGCUUAAAUGAUAUUCCUCUAGGAUCAUUUAUUUGUAUUUAUGCUGGUAGAUUACUUACGGAACAGGGAGCCAACGAAGGCGGUAAAAACUACGGAGACGAAUAUUUAGCUGAAUUGGAUUACGUAGAAGUCGUAGAAACUAUGAAGGAAGGCUAUGAAAGCGACGUUCUUGAACCUGAGAUGGUAUUGUCUACUCCGGAAGAUAAAAAAAAGUGCCUGUCUAGCGACGAUGAUGAUCAUUCAAGAACAAAUACGAAUGAUUCGGACGAGGACUUCGAUAUUAGCAAAUAUGCAAAUUUCAAUGUAGAUUCUUCAGAUCCUACCUCUAUUAGAAAACGACUUAGAAAACGAAAACGAGAAGAAAUUAACGUUCAGGAUGGAUCUGAGGACAACAGCGAAGACGGAAUUAGUACGAAAAAUUCCGAUACUCUCUCAAAGUCAGCUAACGAAAGUCGUUCGAAUGAUCAAGAGGCGAUCACAAUAAGCGAUGAAGAAGAAAAUCGAAGCGGUAGGCGUGAGCCAAGUAGAUUUGACCCUACGGUUGAGCCAGCACAAUUAGAAAGGCCGAAAUUUAAAUCGGUGAGAGAUUACUUCGGAGAGGAUGAGGCUGUUUAUAUAAUGGAUGCCAAAACAACAGGAAAUAUUGGACGUUAUUUAAAUCAUUCGUGUGAUCCGAACGUUUUUGUUCAAAAUGUAUUCGUUGACACACAUGAUGUGAGAUUUCCAUGGGUGGCAUUUUUUGCUCUAAAUUACAUACGAGCAGGGCAAGAAUUAACGUGGAACUAUAGUUACGAUGUUGGGAGUAUACCGGGAAAAGUUAUUAUAUGUAAGUGUGGUGCAUCUAACUGUAGAGGCCGACUUUUGUAAUGUAUAAAGGUACUUGAUAUAAGAAUAAUAAAAUUAGGAUCUUCAA